CCAGUGUGUCGCUGAGUUAUGCUUGUCCAACCACUCGACACCAUCAAGGGCAGCUUCUGUCUCCCAUUCCCCCGCAUCUUUAAAUUUGGACGCAAGGGUCGACGCUCCACCGAGCUUCCGAUAGCCAAGAGUGUCGCUCGGGAAAAGCAACCGCUAGAGGAGAGCCCGCAAGCGUUUGACAAUUCGGACCGCUGUAAAUUAUUCUAUGGAUCAUGUUGCGCAUUCUCCACAGACACUUCGCAGCCGUACACGAGCGACGAUGCACCUCCCUCCUAUGGGACCCAAGAGAGCGAUGGUCUAAGUGACGAGGUGGUGCAGACAAUUCAACAAUCUAUUAGUGACUUGGACAAAACACUCAGGUCUAUCAGUUUGAAGAUUCAUGACCAUCCAGAGUUGGGUUUCCAAGAAAAGUAUGCACAUGCACUUCUAACGGAUUUCAUGGAGAGCCAUGGGUUCACCGUAACAAGACACUACCUCCACCUUGAUACGGCGUGGCGAGCCGAAUUUACGCACGGCAAGGGAGGUCGUACAAUGGGGAUCAACGCUGAGAUGGAUGCCUUGCCGGAGCUGGGCCACGCAUGCGGACACAACCUCAUUGCAAUGGGUGGGGUUGGGACUGCAUUGGCCCUGAAGGCCGCUAUGCAGGCUCACGAUGUUCCCGGAAAAAUAGUGCUUUUGGGUACCCCAGCGGAGGAAGGAGGCGCCGGAAAAGUGAUACUCUUGGAUAGAGGCGCCUACAAGGGUAUGGACGCCUGUAUCAUGUGUCACCCAGCAACCGGCCCGCCUCAUUCAAUGGCCAUACACAGGAUGCUCGCAAUGCAAAUAAUAGAUGUCGAAUAUUUUGGCCAGUCUGCACAUGCUGGCGCCGCACCUUGGCAGGGUGUUAAUGCACUUGAUGCCGCCUUCCUGGCAUAUUCGAGCAUCUCGGUCCUGCGUCAGCAGAUCAAACCAGACAGCCGCGUGCAUGGAGUUAUACAGGGCGCGGAUUGGUCACCCAACGUCAUCCCCGAUUAUGCAAAGAUGCGAUGGUACGUACGCGCGCCUACUAAGAACGACCUGCUGGAUCUCUCGGAACGAGUCCGGUCGUGUUUCUCGGCCGGUGCGCUAGCCACGGGCUGCCGUGUCAAGCUGUCGAUGGGUCGGCCGUACUUUGAGGUCCGGCACAACUCUCUGUUAGCUGAGGAAUUCAGCCGUUCCAUGCAGAACAGAUGCGGUCUCCCUACAUUAUGGAGCAAUACCGGGGCAUCAACAGAUUUCGGAAAUGUCUCUUACGAACUCCCGGCUCUGCACCCGUCCUUUCCAAUAACGACAGACACCCAUGGUGGUAACCACACGCCCGCCUUUACGAGAUAUGCGCGUACACCGGAGGCACAUCAGGUUUGCUUGCAGAUAAUCCAGGGCCUUGCCUUCACAGGUUUUCGAGUGUUGCAGGACGAAAUAUUCAGCAAACAGGUCAAAGAAGCGUUCCACAAGGCCUGACUCUUAAGAUAGAUACCCCGCGCCAUUGGCAUAUCUAUCUAUAAUAUUCAGCCAACAGGAAUUUCUCACACCUCAUGCACAUCGAUGUUAUGUUAAUGAAAAAUCACUAUACUAUGGUUCAUUGGGCUUCAUGAAAUGUGGAUACAUAAUAGGUCAAUAGGUCUUAGCUUAGGAAUGGAACGUGUCAUAACAAAGCCCAGGUGAUAAUCCUCUAUAACCC